ACAGAAAAACUAAAAUAUUAGCAACAAGACCUCUGUUCCUAAGACUAUAUAUAUGUUGUUAUCAUACAAUCACAUCUUUGUGUGCUUCUCGUGCCUUGUUCUUCACUUUAUAACUAAUAAAUCACCUUUAAUUUAAAUCUCUUCUCUCAUGUGACUCUCUUCUUCCUCCUUCAAUUCUCAUUGUACUUUGAGUUUAUCCUCUAGCCUUGUUUCUUCAUUCAUAGUUAGGAUCUACAAAACUUUAUCUUAUAUCUAAGAUGAUGCCCCCUGAGCAAGAAAAAACUAUUAAUGCACCAAAUAACAAUUCACCCAACACAAACAGAACAGAGAACAGCUCUAUACAUGGUGAGCCAGAUGGUUCUUCUUCUAACAAAGUUAAACCAAGUUUGGAUAUUGAUCACAACGCCAUUAAUAUUCCUUCUCAUCCAACUACACCACUCACAUCAUUUUCUAUUCUUCCUCAAUCCUUGCGACCAGUUACACUUAAAUUUGAAGAUGUUUCAUACAGCAUAACCAUGACAAACCAAAAGAAAAAUGGCUGCGUCAUGGGAAAAGAAUCAAAAGUAACAAGAAAAAUCCUCAACGGAGUCACCGGAGUAGCAAGACCCGGCGAGUUAACAGCAAUGUUAGGACCCUCAGGGAGUGGCAAAACCACCCUACUAACGGCCUUAGCCGGAAGACUUGCCGGAAAAGUCACUGGAACCAUAACAUACAACGGAAACUCAGACUCAUCCUGCAUGAAACGCAAAAUAGGUUUUGUUUCUCAAGACGAUGUAGUUUACCCUCACUUAACGGUGUUGGAAACAUUAACCUACACCGCACUCUUGAGACUUCCCAAGACACUUACGCGUGAAGAAAAGGUCGAACACGCGGAGAGGAUAAUCACCGAGCUCGGCCUAACGCGGUGCCGGAACACUCAGGUUGGCGGCUGUAUGGGACUUUUCCGGGGAAUCUCCGGUGGAGAAAGAAAAAGGAUGAGUAUUGGGCAAGAAAUGUUGGUGAACCCGAGUUUGUUGUUUUUGGAUGAACCAACUUCAGGUUUGGAUUCGACCACAGCUCAACUUAUUGUUUCGGUUCUUCGGGGUUUGGCUCGGUCCGGUCGAACCGUUGUUACUACUAUUCAUCAGCCUUCAAGCCGGUUGUAUAGGAUGUUUGAUAAAGUGGUGGUUUUGUCUGAUGGGUAUCCGAUUUACAGUGGUAAUGCGGGUCGGGUUAUGGAUUAUCUUGGAUCCGUUGGGUUUGUUCCAGGGUUUAACUUUGUUAAUCCUGCUGAUUUUCUCCUUGAUCUUGCUAAUGGCAUAAUUGCUGAUGUUAAACAUGAUGAGAUAGAGCAGCAUGAUCAAGAUCAAGCUUCAGUGAAACAGUCAUUAAUUUCAUCCUAUAAGAAAAACUUAUACCCUGCUCUUAAAGAAGAUAUUCAGCACAUUAACACAGAACCAGUGGUUUUUGCAUCAAGAGGAACAUCUAGACGUUCUUCUGAUAACCAGUGGUGCACUAGCUGGUGGGAGCAAUUCAAGGUUCUGCUUAAGAGGGGUUUACAAGAGAGGAGGCAUGAAUCUUUUUCUGGCUUAAAGAUUUUCCAAGUCUUGUCUGUUUCCAUUCUCUCAGGACUCCUCUGGUGGCACUCUGAUCCCUCACACAUUCAAGAUCAGGUAGGACUUCUAUUCUUCUUCUCCAUCUUUUGGGGAUUCUUCCCUCUCUUCAAUGCAAUCUUUGCAUUUCCACUGGAUAGACCAAUGCUAACAAAAGAAAGAUCGUCAGGGAUGUACCAUCUAUCAUCCUACUAUGUUGCUAGGAUGGUAGGAGACUUACCAAUGGAGCUUGUUCUUCCGACAAUUUUUGUAACUAUCACCUACUGGAUGGGUGGUCUUAAGCCUUCCCUAGUUACAUUUGUGUUAACCCUUUUGAUAAUGCUUUUCAAUGUUCUGGUCUCUCAAGGAAUAGGCUUAGCACUUGGUGCAAUUCUCAUGGAUGUUAAGCAGGCCACAACUCUAGCUUCAGUGACAAUGUUGGUUUUUCUUUUAGCUGGUGGUUACUACAUUCAGAAAAUGCCUUCUUUUAUAGCUUGGUUAAAGUACUUUUCUUUCAGUCAUUACUGUUAUAAGCUGCUUGUAGGGGUUCAGUUUUCAGUAAAUGAGGUUUAUGAAUGUAGAGAAGGGUUGCAUUGUAGGGCAAGAGAUUUUCCAGCCAUAAAGUGUUUGGAGCUUGGUAAUAUGUGGGGAGAUGUGGCUGCAUUGACUAUAAUGUUUGUUGGAUACAGAGUUGUGGCAUAUUUAGCUUUGAGGAGGGGCAACCUAAAUGCCUAAGGACUUAAUGGAUCAGAAGCUAUGUAUCACCAACACUUCGAAUUAAAUGCGUGUCUAGGGUCCAACCUGUGUCAGUGUUACUAACACGACACGGACACAUAUGAUUAUAUUCAAUUGUUUUCUCAAAUUAUUUUACUAGUAUGGAAGUGUAAGUGCCGAUGUUGAGCCAUGUAUGUGUCAAUGCUCUAUAGAUCAGAAGAGAUCGUAUUAUUAUUUUCAAGAUCAGUUGUUUCAUUCACUGCCUCAGUUAAAUUAAGAGGUGAUUUGAUUCGAAUUGUAAGGGAAGUAACUUAAUUCCUUGUAAAUAAUUGACAUGAAAAUGAAAUGAAAUGGAACGAUCAAUGUUUGCAGAAAUUUA